CGAUAAAAGCCGCUCUUUCAACCCAAAUUUCCUUCAUAUCGCUAAGCCCUUCUCUUCAUCUCCUUCUCCUCAGUGUGAACUCUAUCACCGUCGUCGUCUCCGGCCGUCGCCGGCGUUCUCCGGUGUGCUUUUCCGACGUAGUCUUCUUGUGUGUGUGUGUGUGUGUGUGUGUGUCUUUCUCUUGAGGUUUGAGCACUUUGGCUAUCUCCUUGUGUAUUGAUAUAUUUUGAGAGGUGGAGAGGAGAGAGAUCCUAGGGUUUGGAGCUGGGAGGUGGGUUUGGAGGAGAGGCGAUGCGAUUUACGGGAGGAUUAGGGUGGAAACGGAUCCGAGCGCCGGCGCGGCAUUGGACAUGAUGAGAUACCACAGAGUGAGCCCAGACUACCUUCCUGUCAGCAAUGGAAAGAAGCCAAACCCCACCUUAAGACCCUUCAAAGAAGAAGACCCUGAUCGUUUUCCCAAUUUCUCCUCCUCCCCUUCCACCUUCGAUCCCAAAUCCCUCCGCUUCCGAUCCACCACUACCACCACCAUCACCACCACCACCUCCACUCCCUCCCAAGAACCUCAGCUCCCUCAUCUUCAGCCCUCCCCUGACGCCCCAACCCCGCCUGCCCCCAAAUCCCAACCUCAUCACGAGAUCAUCAAUGGCAGCGGAGGUGACGUUUUGCUCCAGUGGGGUCACAACAAGAGGUCCCGUGGAUCGCGCGCCGAGAGACGCGCCGCAGCCGUCGACGAGUCUUCCGGCCUUACACGGCCGAUGGUUAAGAUCCAGCGGCGCUCCGGCGCCUUAUCACUGGCGGUGAUGCCUCUCCCGCAGUGCGGGUCCUAUUCUCGCGGCGGCAAUCUCCGGCCAUGCAUGCCUUCCCGCGAGUCCUCGUCGUCCCUUCUCAGUAGGAGCUUGGACGAGAGAUCAAGCGGCCCUGGCGAACACCUUCGGUCGGACAAACGCUGCCCACGAUCACCACCACAGCACAAGGCUCCCAAGAUGGGAUCUUGUGGUACUGCUACUGCAACUGCAACCACUGCCAACGGUUGCAGUGCUUUGAACUCUGACGCAAAACCUCCUUCAGAUCAAGAGACCGGUGGCAUCGCUGCUGGUAACGCUCAUCUUCUGGAGAAGCCGAAUCUAGAUCAGUUUGAGUGGCCCAGGAUCUAUAUAUCCCUUUCAAGGAAGGAGAAGGAGGAUGACUUCUUGGCCAUGAAGGGCACCAAGCUCCCACAGCGCCCUAAGAAACGUGCCAAGAACGUAGACAAAACUCUUCAGUAUUGUUUUCCUGGGAUGUGGCUUUCGGACCUGACCAGAGGCCGGUAUGAAGUCCGGGAGAAGAAGUGCGUGAAAAAGAAGAGAAGGGGAUUGAAGGGAAUGGAGAGCAUGGAGAGCGAGUCUGAAUAAUAAUGUGGAUUUCACUUCAGUGCCUGAGAUGAUGAUAAUAAUGAAUGAUCUCUUUUUUUUUUUGUAAUUUUUUUUUUUUUAAAGGAGGGAAGAAGGGGAUGUUUUCACACUUAUGUUUGAUCAAUGCGUGGUCCUUAGGUUCCCUCUUCUUUUUGGUUUUCCUUUUUUUUUCCCCUUUAAUUUUGUGAGAAGUGGUGGUGAUGGAGAUUGAGAUGGAGAUGAGCUCUCACCUCAUCUCUUGUACAGAUGUUAAGGUUCAAUCUUUAGGAGAUAUUUUAUAUAUUGAAUGAAGAAAAGGAACUCUCUUCUCACUCA